UGCUAAUUCGCCAAAUCACCCCCAAGAUCCACAUUAAACAACUUAUCCCAAGAUACACAAACAUAGGUAGAACAAAGUAAGAAGCAUAUUAAAUCGUAGGAAUAUGUAUGUGACUAGGCCUCUUUCUCUAUACAAGAAAUCUCAAGAUGCUCUCUCAUUGCCUCCACCUGAAGGCCCAAAUUCUGGUAUUCUUGUGAUUCAAGAUGAAAAGGAUUUGGAAACAACAUCUUGUUUUGGUUUGGGGAAGUACCAUGAGGUGAAGGAUUUGCCUUUUCCUCAGAAUAUGAGCCUUGAGCUGUUCUAUAGGUCAGGAAUUUCCCUCAACAGAGCCACUCAUUACCACCAUGUUGUUUUCAUCCCAGUUCUUAAUCAACCUUUGUCUUCUAAUAAGUACUAUGUCAUUCAUCAUAAUGGCAAGCAUAGAGGGGAGGCAUACAUUAAUUCAAAGCAAGAAGAUUUGGACACAUUCUGUUUCUACAAUUCUGUCUCAGAUAUACCUCUGCAUCAUUUUGACAGCAAUAACACAUACCAACAAUUCGAGAUUCAUCCGCAACGAAGCAAAGUUACUUUCAGGAGUGGCUUCUCAGCUAAAUCUGUUAAUCCAGAUGGAUAUCCUCCAAGAUUCUUGAGCAGAAGGUGGAAGCUGAGUGCCUCCAAUUCGAGUGAUUCAAGCAUAGGAGAAGCAACAGGUGUGAAUGAAGCCCUCCGCGCAAGCAAGCCGGAAUUCGAAUUCUCCAUAGGAAGUAAAAGCUCCAAAAGUGUUGUUGUGGGAAAAUGGUAUUGUCCCUUCAUGUUUGUGAAGGAAGGGACUCAUAAAACAUUGAAAGAAGAAGUGAGAAAAUCAAUGUUUUAUGAGAUGACACUAGAGCAAAAAUGGGAAAAAAUAUUUUCUUGUGAGAAUGUAAAUGACACUAAUGUGAAUGUGAAUGUGAAUGUGAAUGUUCAAAGGGAAGUGGUUGGAAUUGGUGAAUGGGAAGCUAUGGUUGAUGAAGAGAGGGACAUAGGUGAAGGGUUUUUGUGGUUUAAGAGUUACAAUAACAUUGGAGAAAAGAAUAGUGUGGGAUUGAGCAUGGCAAUAGUUGAGAGAAUGAAGUGGGAGCAAGAAAGAGUUGGGUGGAUUGGAGGGAAAGAAAAGCAAGUUAGAGUUCAGAAAUUGGAGGAAUACAAAGGGACUCAAAAUGGAUGGAAGAAAUUUGAAUGUUAUGUUUUGGUUGAGACUUUUGUACUUAGAAGAUUGGACGGAGGCAUAGUUCUCACCUAUUCAUUCACACACCAGAAUCAACUUAGAAGCAAAUGGGAAUGAUUUUUUCUUUUUCAUUUUUUUCGUUGGGCUUGGGUGGAAUUCACCGCUGGAAGAAGCAAUCAAUCCCCUUUUCAAUUAAACUAAACCUAUCUUGUUGGGA